CAUUGAAAAACAAAUAAAUUCAUAAAAUCUGUUCAGAUAAAUUAUAAGUGUAUUUUAGUCUAAAAAUACAAAUAAACAUCCAAAUUGCAAAAACUACACAUACAACAUCCAACAAGUUGAUCCACACAAAUCUGUGCAAUUAUUCUCUGUGAAAAUUGCAGUGAAUUCGCUUUUCUUUCCACUUCUGGAAAGCUUCUUAUAAAUCAAUUGAACGAAUAAAACAUAAAACGGAUAGUAAAACAUGGAUGCAUUCGACGAUAGAAAACUAUUGGCUUACGAUACUUAUGAAGAGUAUUUGGACUCAUUUAUCGUCACAGACGAUAUAUUUUACUUAAGAAAUCGAGAUUUUGCUCGAACGAACGCUGCAUUAGGUUACAGAACAUCCACGGCAAUCUUAACCCGACAAGCAUUUUUAACGCAAAGAGAAGCCGUUUAUGAAUCAAUUUUCCCUUCGAGGAAGCCUCAUAUUUUAUAUAGUGCACAUUACCACAAAAACGAUGAAUUUUUGCAAGAGCUAUCGUUGCGCGAACGUUCGAAUCGAGUCGGGAUGAUGACGACUAUUAUAUCGAUGAGACACCGUAAGCCAAAUGGUGAGGAAAUCUCAGGUUUCAUUGACUUUGCGGAGAGUUUGACGAAAUGCAUGGAAUCGGUCGAAGAUGCUCGUAUUGAUUGGUAUGCCGUUUUCAAUUAUUCGAAACGAGUAUGGCCGACGAAACAUGAUUUGGGUUAUUUCAAUUGGAGUACUGGCUACAGUUGUAUGAACGAUAGCAAACAUUUUAAGGCAAUCACAGAUCCACAUUUGGGAUUAAUUUUUGAGAGUCGAAACGAUAGACAUCGCAUUUUAAUGGAUCCAUUGGCGGAAUGUUCCAGAGGAACAACAAGAACAAAAAUUGACACUCCAAAUUAUGCUUAUGUUGUACUGUUCGACCAUGUCGUUAGAAAUAGACCUUAAUUUUCACAAACAAAGCUAUAGACUCGCGUCGUUAACUGUGUUUGUUGUUUGUCAAAUUUUAUUGGAUAUUUUGUAAAGGAUUUAUAAUUAUCUCAUGAUGUAACUGAAUGAAUUUCACCCACAAUUUGUAAAUAUGAAUUUCCUAAAUUUCUCAAACAGAAAGUUUUCUUUUG